ACGGGCAUCCCAGGACCCCCCUAGCUACGCCCCCGUUUUUAGAUUUUGUAAUACAGAUAUUAUUUAAGUUUCUGGCGCUUGAUGACCGUGCACGGUUUAUGCAGAGAGCUGACUUCACACUUGUUGUUUCGUUACUUUGUUUACACUGCACGCGACUCGCCUGCUUCAUGCAGUUAGUAACAGUCAGAUGAGCGUUUGUCACGGAUUCCAAACAGGUUUUAAAAUAAUACAUGGCGGACGUAUUACAGGAAACCUGGGAGGAAAUCCCAGUCUCGUGGUUGUCCGUUGUGACAAGAGUUAUUUCAACUGCACAGGGCACAAAGUUCAUAUCUGCUAAAAAUAGGUCUGGCAUCAAAGUUGCUUUGUUAUGUAACUCCACGAAAACAUGACAGACACCCGCGCCACCUCACGAGAUAAGCAUCGUCACUAGCAUGAAUCCGCCGACUCAAUGGCGGGCCGAAUCUUCUAGCAGCAGCAUUUCUCGAAGCACCAUGAUUGAGCAGCAGUCUUCCUUCAGUUCUGGGUUAACAGUUAACAGGACCAGUAAUGAUCACCUGUGGCUAGAGGUCGCUAAAAGAUAUCAGCAAAUAAUCGAAAAGGACAUCAAACUUCGAUACCCCAGUCAGCCGGUAGUUCCAAUCAAAACUUUCCAAACUGACUGUAACAUACCAAACCCGGUGGAAAAUACUCAGUUUGGAAAUGACCACCCUCUUCCGCCCUCUGCUUUACCCGUGGCUUAUCAAAAGAAAGAGAGAUUGAAUCUUGCUACAAGACCAAAGGAAAUUGACCCCGGAACAUUUCCGAGAAUCGUUGACGUUUUCAGCUUAAAUCCCUCAUUGCCGGCUAAAUAUUUUCGAGACAAUGUGGCAGUUCGGUUGACACCAGACGGAUUAAUUGCCGAGCCUGUUUGUAGAAGAUCGUCAGAAAAUGUUGUAUCCAAACAGAGUGCGAUCCCUGGUCACUCCUUCACCAGAAGGGCGGAGAACCUUCAGGAGAAACGAAAUCUUGUUGAUUACGAUAAGAAAUUUAUGCAAGAUGACAAUUUCCAAACAAGUCAGUGUGUUGAUAUACUUGAUUACAUUGAUAUUGAAGCCGGCCAGAAUGUGAACAAAAUUGGCAGUUUGACGGAAGAAAACCCGCGCGCCAUUGAAAUGAACGGUGGCUGUGAGUUUCAAGAUGCAAAGGAGGAAGAAACGUGCGAUAGGGAGGCCAUGGUCAUUGUGAACAAGAAGGAUGUGCCGGAGCAGAUAUGUUCUGACAUUAAUGCCCGAGGCAAAAGGAGGAAGAGAAAACGAAGAGCCAUAUUUGGCCUCAGGAGAAACAAAAGGAGGCACCUCAUGGGCAAUUUAAGUACCGUCAAAGAAAAUAACCAACAUGAACUUGAAGGCGAACUCAUAAGGGAUGGAACCAAAAUGGACAAAAGUUUGCAGGUUGAAUGCUACAGUGCUCUCGAAGAUGCAAACGCAAAGAGCGAGGAUAUAAGCACCGACGAGAAAUGCAACAGCAGCAAAAAGCAAGGUCAGGAAAAGAUUCAAGACAGCAGCAUCCUAUCAAAACAAAGUGAUGAGAAAAACAUUACCAUUUCUUUCGCUAGUAAAACGGAACUUAAAUGUCCAGCUACGACAGUUAGCGAAAACUUCAAAGACACUUUUGUUUCUUCUCUUCAUGGUUAUAACAUUCGGCAAAGUAAAAUCCUUGAUCUUAAAGCAAAACUUGCGAAACAGGAACAAGAACUUCGGAAUCUGAAGCAAAGAAAAGAUUUUGAAAAUGUCGAAAAGGAGGAUUGCCCGUUCGAUGGCAGACCUGUUGAGGACAAUGGCAGUACGCUCCUCAAAUAUGAAACAAUUUUUGAUUUCAGCCAUCCGAUAGACGUUACCUUCUCGACCCAAAAUGAAAAGAACGACGACUUUAACCUUGGCAAAAUAGAGGAUCUUAUAGACACAUUCCAGAAAGAAAUAAAAUCAUUCAGAACACUCGAUACUGAAUUGUAUCCAACAAGAAGACAUACAGAUUAUGAUCACCUCCAAACAAGGACUUAUGUCGUUGGUGGAAAUGACAAACGUGUUUUUGCUGGCAUCAACAACCAGAUGAGAUUGGCACCAGAGAAUUUUGCUAGCAAAGAGGAGUUUUUGUUUCAGCUUGGAUUGCUUAGAAUAUAAUGAAAAUUCAGCGCAACCUCAUUCUCAUUCAUGUAUCAUCGUGUUACUUUGUGCUCUUAUAUUACUCACAAGUUAGAUAACUUAGAUAUUCUCAUGUGUUUUAAAAUGCAAAUUGAUAGCGAGGCUGAAAUGCAGUGAAUGGAGACUUAUACCUCCUACAAACUAUGUUUUGAUUUUGUUAUUAGCCCUGCAAAAAGUGUUUUAAAAAGUAGCUACCGUCCGAACUUUAAUUGCGCUAUGUUUUAAUAUGAUUGCGUCGCAGUCGUACAUCCCAAAGUUUUCCAAAAUGCAGUCAUCUGGUCUCCUGUUGGGUCGUGAGAAGUUUUCCUGUAUGGGAAGGGAAAGAAAGGACGAUGAAUAAUAUUGUUUUCUUUUUUAACCAAGUAGGUAUAACUGUACAUGAUAGUUUGUAGAGACAACCAUGCAGUCUGUAAUAUCAGUCAUAUUUAUGUUGUUGUUUUGUCAGUUUGCUCACGAUGCAUGCUAUUAUGUACUCAGUUUUAAUUGCCAAUCAACUAAACUGCAGUCUCAAUGUUUCUACUUCCUGGUAGCUGGCGGGGGUUGAAGUUCCUCUCCAACUAUCAGAGUCGAGAGCUAGUGAUCUAACUGUGAGGUCAAAAGUCCCUAAAGGCUAAUUUAGAUACAAACUCUAUUGGUUAAAAAAAGAAAACAACAACAUCAACAACAACAACAACAACUAAUAGCAAAUUUCCGGGUUGCCUUAAGCCUCUCCAUCAAAGCGAGGCCUGGUGUACAACUAUUCAUAUGAAAAUGAGUUAAGUUUGCAUUUGAAUGAAAUCUCAUUUUCAUAUGAAAGGAUAGGCUCCAAGACUCGGUUUGAGAAAGAGGUUAAGGGUAAUUCGGAAAUGACCUAUUACAUGUGACCUAUAGUUUACAUUGUGGCCCACUAAGUUAACGAAUUACGAAGCUGAAAAUUAGAAUAAGAAAAGGUGAAUUAGAAUUGUGAAUUCGAAUUGAAUUUAAUUGGAAUUUUAAUAUACUGUAAAAACCCAAAUAAACCUCUCACCGUAAGCUCA